UCGAGUUCCGUUCUGUGUGGCCUCAACGAUAGGCUGGCGCAUCGCCCCUCCGUUCACUCCCUCACUCACGAAUCCAACAUUCCAAAGGCCGGGUCGCCUUACCUUUUCCUCGACACUGCUCUUUGGUAAGUCCAUAGCGCCCUGCUGUCCUGGCAAAUAUUCGAGUCGUCAGACUUCACCAAUCAACGUCAAAAUGUUCGCCUGCACUCGAUUUAUCGCCCCAGUCGCCAGGUCGGCUAUCGUCGCUAGUAGCAAAACCUACUUGCGUCCUCUCAGCAGUGCUGUGAUCAACCAGAGCCAGAGUCUCCAGGAGAGCCAAAGGCAGACUCCAGUGUGCUUGUCGCCAGUCAUCCGCAACUUCCAGACCUCAGCCCUCAGCCGUGACAUUGACUCGGCCGCCAAAUUCAUUGGCGCUGGCGCUGCCACAGUCGGAGUCGCUGGAUCUGGUGCUGGAAUUGGAUCCGUAUUCGGCUCACUGAUCAUCGGUUAUGCCAGGAAUCCAUCCCUGAAGCAGCAGCUCUUCUCAUACGCCAUUCUGGGCUUUGCCCUGUCCGAGGCCAUGGGUCUCUUCUGUCUUAUGAUGGCUUUCUUGCUCCUGUUCGCCUUCUAAGCCGUUAAACCAACAUCCUCCAUAACGAAUUACCGAUAGUUUUAGUGCGUCACUGCCAAGGCAGCGUCCAUUCUCGCUUGAAACAAUAGUAAGAAGGCUGCUGUCUGUGGUCCACGGGAGUCCAUGAAAUCAUUAAGGAUGCCGUUAUGAAUUUUCAAUCAUAAAUAAGGAAUAGUCAAUGAAUUCAUUCAUCUGGCGAGAUUGGUUCGUUCGGGGCUCGAGACGGUGCAGCUGAUGUGUUAUUUCUUCUCAUUUAACGCAUUAAGGACAUCAAAACGAGGCUGUAACACACUGAAUUUAAUAAAUGACAAAAAAUAACAUCGAUGCCACGAUCACUGACGAUUUAUUUUAAAUCAUAAGGCUACCGUCACGUUCACCGUUCCAACCACUUUGAGCCUCACAAGCUCGUAAUUAUUUCAUGGCCUACCGAAUGAAAAAAAAAAUCAUGUAGCGUAACUCACAAUUGUUAUUGAAGUAAAAGAAGAAAUUGAACAAAAAGAAAAUUGAAUUUCAUUGUAUUGAGAGAAUCGAGAAUAGGUUAAUGAAAAUUGUUCAUUAAGGUAACAAUAUCAAUUUCAAAAACAGCCUCACUACAAUUACUAGCCCAUACAAAUACGUACGUUUCUCAGAGCAAUCGGAAUAAUAUUAAUAAUAUUAUUCUGGUGAAUCUGCACCGAUUCCACGCGUGUACGGUCGAUCAAUCGUUGGAAGGAUUUUUUAGAUCAUUGAAAUGAAACUGUAUUCUCGCUGUUUUUGUUACCCGAAACGACUCAUCAUUGUUGAAAGACCCUCUCGUGUGCGCACGAUUAUUCUCUACGGUAACUCUUUGCGAGGAAUCUGUACAGUGACUAUCGAAUAAACAUUCAUGUCGUGAGAUUAAUGUUA